AUGGACAACAAAAACACAUAUUGGUUGAAAUUUAAAGACUAUUAUUUUCAAUCUUCUUUAGUUGAUGUUGACUUCCUAGAAACUCUAGAUGAUUUUGAAAUUAGAGAUGAUGAUGUCUUCAUAAUUACAUAUCCAAAAUCUGGUACCAUCUGGAUGCAGCAGAUAUUAAGCUUGAUUUAUUUUGAGGAACAUCGUAAUGGAACUGAAAAUGUGGAUACGAUUGAUAGAAUUCCCUUUUUGGAAUACAACCUACGCAAAGCAGACUUUAUCAACAGACCAUCCCCUCGCCUUUUCUGUUCCCACAUCCCCUAUUAUUUAGCACCAAAAGGGCUCAAGAACAAAAAAGCUAAAAUUAUUUACGUCUACAGAAACCCCAAGGAUGUUAUGACUUCAUACUUUCAUUUUUCAAAUCUGAUGGUCUUACUUGAAGCUGCUAAUGAUAUGGAACAUUUCAUGAAAAGGUUUCUAGAUGGAAAGGUGAUAGGAAACGUUUGGUUUGAUCACAUCAGAGGCUGGUACGAGCACAGACAUGACUUCAAUAUUCUGUUCAUGAUGUAUGAGGAAAUGAAAAAGGAUCUUAGAAGUUCUGUGCUUAAAAUCAGCCAUUUCACUGAGAAAGAACUGAGUGAAGAAGAUGUGGAAGCUAUUGUGAAACAGUCUACAUUUCAGAACAUGAAGUCUGAUUCAAAAGCAAAUUACGAUGCAAUUCUAACAAGUGAACUUGGGAAAAGAACAAAUCAAGGACAAUUUCUGCGCAAAGGUACUAUUGGAGACUGGAAGCAUCAUUUGACAGUGGAGCAAAAUGAAAGAUUUGACAAAAUAUUCCAAAAUAAAAUGAAAGACUUUCCUUUGAAGUUCAUCUGGGAUAUAAAUGAGGAGUAG